UCCGUAUGAUGCAUAAGCUUACUUUAUCAAUUAGGUAUCAGAACCGAUAAGUUUAAUAAAUUGCCAUUCCUACAAUAGUUUAUAAAUUGUGUUAUUGUUUUUUUAGAACCAAUCCCAAAUAUGUUGAUAAAUGAUGUAUACGUGGUAUCGAGGACUUAAAGAAUUGAACAAGUGGUGGCUAAAAUGGGAAUCGGGUGAGCGCCACGAGUCUAAUGACGGUUGAAUAUUUCUUGCUGAAAUAGCCAAUAGGGCGAUGAAGGAAAAAGGCAAAAAUUUGAUAAUAAUUUUUUGAAAUUAUUUGAAACCGACCUGGGGGUGCGCUUCAAUUUUUUUUUACCCCAGAACUUAUAUAAGGACCUUACAUAUUUAUAUUUAUAAAAAAAUAGUAGUAUAGCACCCAUUUUCAUACCAAAACAAAUUAAAGAAAAUAUCAAACAGGUUGACGAGAACAAAAUGGUUACUGAAAUAGUUACAAAAUAGGUAUUGCAUUUAAAAUUAACAACAAAUAACAGGUCUUUAAUUUUAAAGGUUGUUGACUAUAGGAAUUUUCGAAAAUAAAACAUUGCUCUUUUUAUCUUGACUAUUCGUGACACUGUUAUCAGGCACCUGUGUACGUUGAAUGUUGAUGUCUACAGCUGAUAACACGUUGCACUACUGCUUACAAGUUUGAAGUUAGUAGUAACAAUACAAGUUCACAACUAAAUACUGUUUAUUAAUACAAUUUAUAAUAUUUAAUUUAACAAACUGUUCAUUGUAUGUAUUCAUUAUUGUGUGUGAAGUGUAAAUAUGUUAUAAAAUAUUGUAUCGUAGGCCAUGUCGAAUAAGGUAUUAUUUUCCGUAUUAAGCAGUUAGAUUAUUUUUACAAUGUAAACUCGUUAUCGAAUGCUUAUUGAAGGUCGAUUAGUAUUUGAUUUUAUACAUAUUUUACAUUCCUGUUGCAAUUGAAAAUUAUAGUAUUAAAUUCAGCUACGAAAGAAUUACAUUACUGGUCUUCAUAGUGUAUACAACAGUCCCAUUUAGUGUUCGUAGGAAAUUUGAUAUACGAUCUCAACUUGAAAUUAUGGAGAAAAAUUCCAUAGCAAAGUCUAAUGGCGAACUGCCUCCGUACAAACCUGUGGUCAUCGUUCAUGGACUGAUGACGGGCGACGUCACAAUGCUUUCUCUCGCUAAUCGAAUUGAAAAAAUGCAUCCUGGCACAAAGACAUAUGUUUUGAAUCGAUUUUGUGGAUGGGCUAGCCUCGAACCCAUGUGGAAACAAGUCGUAGAACUUGGUGCUGAUUUAUUACAAAUUUGCUCUCAACACCCGGAAGGCAUACACUUAAUCGGUUAUUCUCAAGGAGGAAUAAUCGCUAGAGGCAUGUUGGAAUCAUAUCCCGACCACAAUGUCCAUACAUUUAUAUCAUUAAGUUCGCCUCAGGGAGGUCAAUAUGGAACAAAAUGUUUCCUUAGGCUAUUUCCAGAUCUUACAUUGAAAACGGCUUACGAGCUAUUUUAUUCUAAAAUGGGUCAGGAUAUAAGUGUAGGCAAUUAUUGGUACGAUCCACAUCAUUUAGACCUUUAUUUAAAGUAUAGCAAAUACUUGCCAGUUAUUAAUAACGAAUUGACCACAGCCAAUAGUGAAAAUUAUAAAAGAGGUAUAACAAAACUAAAAAAAAUGAUUCUUAUUGGUGGACCCGAUGAUGGUGUGAUUUCUCCUUGGCAGUCCAGUCAAUUUGCUGUUUUAAACAAGGACGACGAACUUGUUGCUGUUACCGAACGACUUAUUUACAAAGAUGAUACAUUUGGUUUAAAAACAUUAGAUGAACAAGGAAAAUUAUUGGUUUUUACAGUUGAUGGCAUUUCUCAUCACGAGUGGUACAAAGACGAUUCAGUUAUUGAUAAUUUCCUCAUCAAUUGGUUAAACUAAAAUUAGUGUUAUGUUUUAGUCUUUUUUAUUUUUUACAUUACGUUCUUUUAUCAAAUCAAAAAAGUUUUUUUAACUUAAAUUAAAUGUUUAAACUUAAAAACGUUUUUUUAAAUGUGUUUUACAAAAUUAAUUUAAAUAGCAGCUACCAGAAUUGUUUAAAAUAUGUUAUAUUCUCAUAAGUAAAAUAUUAAGUAAAGGUUAAAUUAAGCGAGUGUAAUCCAUGUCUUUAAAAACAGUUCAACUAUCUUAAAGCUCUUGUUGUUUCAUUUACAGAUAUAUACAGGGAAACAAUGUUAUAAGAUUGACAUUAUUUUAUUAGCUUUAUUUAAAAUUAAAUUUAUUUUUAAGAUGUGCCAAUGCCUGCUUUUGUAACUAAUUCAUGGUUUCAUUUUGACUCACAUCUAGUUUUAUUUUAUAAUAUUCUAUACGAUUAUUGUACUCAUGUGUGAUUUAAAUUGUGAUUUUUUUCCAUUUAUAUGCGUUUUUUUUUCACUUCAAUAAUAAAUUGUGUUUUUAAAAAAAUUAUGUUUUUAAAAAAAAAUUGUAUACUUCUUAGAGUAUCAACUUUAAAAUUAUUAUUAUAAAUAUUUUGCUUAUUCCUAAUUAUUAUUUUUUUUGUUUUGUACCUAUGGUUUAAUUAUUAUGUAAUAUGUAUAUUAAAAAAAAAGUUCUUAAGGUUUUUGUUACUUAUGAAUCAUAAGUUAUGAUAAACAACACAUUAUAAAACAUGUAAAUUAUUGUAUGGAUGAAAAACGUAGUUUUACAUUUCUUUGUGUUUGUAAUCAUUCAAUUAAAAAAAUCAUUAUUAGUUUGUUCUAAUGACAAUAGGCCGCAAAUUGACUUAAUGACAAUGACACUGGUCUGUUAACUCCUACUUAUACUUGUUGAUUAAUUAAAUGUAAUUAUUUUUCUAUGUAUAACAAAUGCCUAAUAUUUAAAUCAUUUGUACAAAAUUCUUCAUAACAUUAUUUUUUUAUUGAACUGCCUAAAUAAUUUAAAGGUUAUAUUUCAGGACUUGUGAGGGGUCCACUAAAAAAUUUUAGCGUGAUAGUUUAUUAAUUGCACUUUUGUAUUAUAAUAUUGAGUUGACUACAGUGUACAUCAAAAU